AGGUGGGGGCGGUGGAGUUUGUGCAGAACAUUGAUCUGGAUGAGUAUGGUCGAUGGUUCACGAGUCGAGCCGAGCUUGUGGAGUACGCAGACGGGCAACAGUAUGAGUUUGUGGAGGACAAGCGGUAUGGAAUGCAUGUCCGGGCCCAUGGAGGGGGUGAUGAUGAAGAGGACUAUGAGAAGAUGGUAGGAGAGAUGGGGAUGUAGAUCCUGUGGCUGUCGCAUCCAUGUCUUGUCCCACCUCUUGUCGCACCUAUGGGUUGCCGCAUUCUUAUGUCGCAUUCUUAUGUCGCAUUCUUAUGUCGCAUUCUUAUGUCGCUCCCAUGUCGCUCCCAUGUCGCACGUCUUUGUCGCUCUCAUGUCCCUCGCCAUGUCGCUCGCAUUCAACGCUCGCCCACUUGCUUUCUGACACCACAACCAUGAACGUCUUUAGAUUCCUAGGUGAUAUGUCACAUUUGGCCGCCGCCUUCAUCCUCUUAUUCUCAAUCGAAAAAAACCGCUCCAUCAAGGGCUUGUCCAUCAAAACUCAGGCAUUGUAUGCCGUGGUGUUCGUCACCAGGUACCUCGAUGUUUUCAAAUUCAGCUCGUUUUACCUCACAAUAAUGAAGUUGUUUUUCAUCGGCUCUUCUUUGUACACCGUGUACAUCAUGGCCACCAAAUACAGAAAAACCAUCCAGGAAGACUUUGAUCAGUUUCCUGUCAGGUACCUUGUGCUCGGAUCGGUUUUCAUGGCGUUGGCGUUUCCUCGCAAGUAUCGUGCUGGAGAAAUGAUCUGGACCUUCUCGUUGUGGUUGGAGAGCGUGGCGAUCUUGCCGCAGUUGUUCAUAUUACAAAGAACAGGUGAAGCUGAGAACAUCACCACCCAUUACAUUUUUGCUUUGGGGUUGUACAGAGCAUUGUAUAUUCCCAACUGGUUUUAUCGGUAUUUUGCCGAAAACCGUCUUGAUACUACGAGUAUUUUACUGGGGUUGGUGCAGGCGGUGAUCUAUUCUGACUUUUUUUACAUUUACUAUACGAAGGUGAUGCACGGCAAGAGGUUUUCGUUGCCGGUGUAGGAAAUUGAAGACGGCACAAAGAUAUAGAGUGCACGAAAAUAUAAGGAAGGAGGUAAACGUAGGUGGCUUGUACGGUAUUGCAUAUGUUAUAUAGUAAUUAUAACCGUUUGGUCAAUUUGUUCAAUAUAGUAAUUUACCAUUGGGUCUCAUUCCA